UGCCACCUCUUCACUUCCGGUUGAAAAUGUCAUUUGUAAACAUGAAAAAGAAAGCUUGAUUGACAUGUAACCGUAACGUUUGAACAUUUAACCGUUCUUUUUUAUGGUUCUAAACCAGUUUUUAGGCAAUGGACAAAGCAUCUCGCCACGAGCUUCUCAGGAUUGUGGAAGCACAAAGAGAAAAAAUAACAAAAUAUGAGGCAAAGCUUAAAGAUUUGGUUGUGGCUUACAAAGGCCUGGCAAAGGAAAAGGAAGCAUUAGAUGCCAGCUUAAAAAUUCUCUCUCAGAAGAAAACUGAGCAUGAGACGUCAACUUCUGAACACAAACAGGAGGGAGAGCACCAGGCAGAAGCAGAAAAGAAAGAGAACCAGUUUACAGAUCCUCUCCAGUCCACCCAUAAGGGAGACGGCAAGGAAGAAGAGAAGUCGGAGGUCGGAUCUUCGGAAUCGGACCAAAUAACGACCUUGACAGAAUCUUUGUUAACCUUGACCCAGGAGAAAUCAAAGUUAGAGAGUGUGUACCUGGCAGACAAAAAGAGAUUACUGCAAGAGAAUGAGGAUUUAAAUGAUAAAAUAAAUGAGGAGAAAGAAAAAUCCGAAAAUGACAAGAAAAAACUAGAAAAGCAAAUACAGGAGUUGAAGCUGCGGAUUCGGGAGCAACAGACGGAGAGAGAGAAGGAACAGAACGACCACGCCCUGAUGUUACGAGAACUUCAGAAGUUACUGGCCCAGGAGCGGACCUCCAAAGACCAGUUAGAAAAUCAGGUGGAUGAUUUGAAGUUUACACUCUCAGAGAAAAGUCAGCUGUUACCCAGUAUGUCCCAGGCCUACGAGAAAAAAAUAACGGAUCUGACCGUGGAGCUAAAAGAAGUCCGCGGAAAGUUAGAGGCAGAGAAAAUCAAAGCUGAGAUGCCUUCAGAAGGUCUUGUACAACUGCAGAACGAAACGUCCAAAAUGAAGAAGGAGUACCAGCUACAGCUAUUGGAGGAACAGAAGAGAAGUUCCGAGUCCCAAGCUAAGCUAGAAUGCUACAAACAGGAAAGUGAAAACCGCGUGUCCGCCCUGGAGUCAAAAAUCUCAGAGCUGUCGGACCUGGUGGGAAAUUACGAGCGGUACAAAGUCCAGGACCAACAGAGCAUACAGAAGCUGAAAGACCGCAUGUCACAGCUGGAUCUGGAGAACACGGCGCUGUCACGGUCCGCUGGUCAGCUCGGGAACUACGACGAAGAGUGGAGGAAUCUAGAGGCGUCACAGCUGGGUGAUCUCAUCGUCAAACUACAUGGCUUCCUACGAGCUGCCAAUCAAAGAACAGCAACUCCUGUUUUACUGGAAGAUUUACUGCGAGAUGAAGAUGGCCAGUGUCCCAAGUGUAGGAAGAACAGAGACGAACUAGAAAACAUGAAGGAGGAGUACGAGAGAUACAAACUCAGGGCUCAGAGCGUGCUCAAAAAUAAAACCUCAAAGGACACAGGGAACAGUAAGGAAAUAGAUACACUGAAAUCUCAGCUGAAUGAACUCAGGGAGAGAACGAAAUCUCUACAUAUACAACAUGAGGCAGAACUAGGGAAAGAGAAAGCGAAAGUAGAGACCGCUCACAAGACACUGAUGUCACUACAGGAGAAACACAAGGCAGAAAUUCUCCAUUUAGAGGCCGAAUAUCAACACCAGAAGAGCGAGUUAGAAGUCGAGAUUCGGAAACAACGAGAACGGACGGUGUCUUUACUGGCCGAGAAAGAUCGAGACAUUGAGAUGUUGAAGGCGUCUGUGCCGAUUUACGAUUUUGUUCAGAAUCCUCCCGACUCGGGGGCCUCAGCGGAAUUCCCAGGGGGUAAGUCUGAGGAGGAAAGGGCAGUGUCAAGGUUACUGAACAUGUCUUCCCUGAAUCAAGGCGAUUCCAAUCUGUUCUACCGUCAAGAACUCUCCAGGAAGGAGGUAGAAAUAAACACAUUGCGUAAACAAAAGCAUGAACUGGAGUCUGCUCUUAGAGAAUUACAGUUAAACAGUCAUUCUAAGGAGGAGUCACUAACGGAACGAAUUGAGAUGUUGACAGAAGAAAUCCGACGAAGUGAUAGAAGUAAGGCCAGAGAAGGUGCUAAUCUGGAGUAUCUUAAGAACGUUACAUAUAAAUUCCUGACAAGCUUCGAUCCCAAGGCCAAGCAACAGAUGCUGAACGCCAUCACCACCAUCCUACAGUUCAGUCCUCAGGAGAAAUCUGUAGUCCACACACAACUAAAAAGCUGGUGGUCCGGAACUAUAUCAUGAGGACCAACCCACUGUAGAGGGGGGGAUUACUGGUCACCCACUGGAGAAGAGGGGGCUACUGGUCCAAACACAACUAAAGAGCUGGUGGUCUGGAACUAUAUCAUGAGGACCAACCCACUGUAGAGAGAAGGGGGUUGGGGGUGUUACUGGUUCACACACAACUAAAAAGCUGGUGGUCUGGAACUAUAUCAUUAAGACUAAUACACUGUAGGGGGAUUACUGGUCAUCACACAACUAAAGAGGUGGUGGUUGGUACUUUAUCAUGAGGAACAAUCCACAGGGGGUGGGAUGGUACUUGGUGGGUGAUCACUAAUUUCUGGGGACCAAAUGAUUUGGAGGGGAAAGGGAGCCUACUCUGUGAUCAUGAAUUAUUUGUGUUCCUUGAUUUUUUUUUUAUUAUUUUGGGGAUGUUUGGUUGGUUCUGUCAUUGCAAUUAAAUGUGAUUCUUUGUUAAUUUGUUGCGUGUCUGACAGAUAUCUAUGGCAACUGAACAAAACUGGUACUACAUGUAGUUUGUAAUCUAUGGCAAUAUCUAUAAAAUUUUAUUGAUAUGAUUGUAUUUUUUUUUCAUUUGUCACAUUUUCACUGAAGUUACCAAAAAUGUGCUGAGCAUAUUUUACACUCAUGUUAUUGACUUGACAGUGCUGUUUUAAAAUUAUUGUAUAUAUUUUCAAUUUUUAAAUUUAUUGUGAUAUUUAGUAUAUAUGGGUAAAUUUCAGUCAUUAAUUGAUGCUGUCAGUUUUCCUAUCAAGUCAGUACCUUGUUCUAUGAUAAGAUUACAGCAAUGUGAGCUGCAUUUUUGAAAAUUUUUGCUGUUAAAAUGUGUUACAGUUUAUUAUGUUAAAUAAAAAUGUAUUAUAAACCUUUUUGAUCAAUUUGACUUAAAUAAAGCAUUAAAUUGUUUCAGAAGAAAGACUUCUAUACAAAAGAAUAUAACAGUAUUAUAUAAGAAAUCAUCACUGUAAAAGACGACAAUAAUGUAAUUUUAAUUCAAUCAAAGCUGAAUUAUAAAUAGUUCUUACAUCGCAAAUAUAAACAACAGAAGUUUAUAAACAUUUUUUCUGUCAUUGAAAUAAUUAUUUAAAUUAUUUACAAUUUUGCAGCAAAAAAAUUCGACAUAAAAUGUGCAGCUCAUAUUGCUUUAACUUUCUGUAUUGUCUUUUUUUGACUAGGAAGAAUGGCAAAAUAUUCAAUAUGAAGUUUGAUGAAGUUCAACACCAAUAAAGCCUUUAUAUAUAUAGUCAUUACAUGAUGAUUUGCGUUUCCUUUCAUUUUGAGCUGUGCUUGAACAGGCAAUGAUCUGUAUACGA